GGAGGGGAACACUCAGAAUAUAUAUACACGGAUCAGUCACAACAUUAAAACCACCUGCCUAAUAUUGUGUAGGUCCCCCUCAUGCCGCCUAAAGAGUGCCAACCCGCAUCACAGAGUAGCAUUCUGAGAUGCUAUUCUUCUCACCACAAUUGUACAGAGUGGUUAUCUGAGUUACCGUAGACUUUGUCAGUUUGAACUAGUCUGGCCAUUCUCUGUUGACCUCUCUCAUCAACAAGGCAUUUCCAUCUGCAGAGCUGCCCCUCACUGAAUGUUUUUUUGUUUUGUUUUUGGCACCAUUCUGAGUAAAUUCUAGAGACUGUUGUGUGUGAAAAUCCCAGGAGAUCAGCUGUUACAGAAAUACUCAAACAAGCACGUCAGGCACCAACAAUCAUCCAUGCGAUUAUCUAAUCAGCCAAUCGUGUGGCUGCAGUGCGUAAAAUCAUGCAGAUACUUGUCAGGAGCUUUAGUUAAUGUUCACAUCAACCAUCAGAAUGGGGAGGCCAAAGCACACACAAUUCAACAUAGUCCAGAGGCUUGAAGGGAGGCCCCGUGAGCGCAUUUAGGACUAAGUUAGGUCCCAAGUCGGGACUGUAGCCGGACGAGGGGGGUUUAGCUGCCUCGCUGCCCUAAGGAACUUUAUGAUUAUCAUGUUUGCCUAUAGAGGUGCCGGCUUCAGGUGCGUGACAUGCAGAUAUAAUCGCAAAAUAAACUUUGAGCGUUGACGGUGUGAGCCCUGCGUCCAAUCGCUUUUAAAGAAAUGUACGAAUUUCAGGUGUUGGGCAGAUCAGUGGGUCUUUGCCAUGUGAAAAGCACCAAUUAGUGAACACAUUUGAUUUCAGUGCAUAAAGGAGUCUCAUGGACUGUGCUCUAGCCUGUAAAAUGGUGUUCAUAACCGAUGUGAUGAUUCACAAUGACAGAAUGAAAAGCUCUCAAAGCUAGAAAGACAGCCAAUAGCUCUAGGCGGUUGACGUGCCACGCCUGUUUCGCAACUGUCCAGGUGCCAAAAGUCGGGCGUCCAUCACACACCGCGCCCCAACCUGUGUUGGAUGCAUCUGUGGUCAGCACUUUUCUUCUGAAAAUUUGACCCAGCAUAACACCCUGUUGGUAGGAGGCCAGCGCUGUCCAUGGUGCUAGAGCAGGCGCAAUGUGGAACAUUGCUUGAGCCAGUACUGGAGAGGUCUCAUGUGUAACAGACCUAAUGGUAUGACAGCGGAUGCUGCUGCCAUAAAAUCCAGCAUUCUCUGAAAUGACUUCAGUGGUAAUGUUUUCCCAGUUUGAACUGAGACAGACACCGAAGAAUGGUCUGUACACGCUCAUUCAUGAGGUGCGUGCACAUGCUCACAGAGUCGAGAUGAACUCCUAGAAAGGACUCCCAAAAAGAGAAUUUACUGGCUGGGGAAAAGUGUGCUUUUCGCCCAGCGGACAUUCAGACCAGUGUUUUCGGAUGGAAUCGUGGAAGGCUGAACGCCGCUGAAAUGGGGCAACCGACGUGCAAAUGGAUUGUAUAACCAUGUUCGAUCAUUUUUAGCACCCAAUCAGAAAUGGGCUUGGCACGUAAGGGCUUGCCUCGUAUCCGUGAAUGGGACAGAGGGCGAUCUGGUUAGUUCAUUAAAUUAUAUAAUACGCCGCUCACCAUUGUGAAGUGAUUGUGCAUAAUGUGUGGGCUUUGAAGUGGAAAAGAGCUCUUUAUUGAGAAAGUGCGAGCAUCUCACGCAUGUGCAACGAGCGCUAUACUCCUUCAUACAUUCUAUGUUUGAAUGUGAGACACAUUCAUUUGAAGUAACAUUUCAACAACAUUUUGAACAACAAUAUUCCUUUCUCGACAAACGGCAGUGGGGAAGAGGGGAACAGCAUAGUGUAAGUACUUUGAAUUGGACUAAACUGAAAAAUUAGCUGUCAUCAAACGAGUGAUUUUGUUUUUAUUUUUUAUAUUAUUUAUCUGUGUAAUUUUUUUUCAACAUCUGAAGUACCUUAUUUUGUUGUGGAUGUCCCAAUGUGGAUACAGAGAGCUGAAUAAAAUAAUACAAAUAUAUUUUGGUUGCAUUUGAGGGCAAAAAAAUGUAAUUUAUUGUGUAAAAUAGGCACAUUAUAUCGGAAUAUUGAUCGCAGGCCCCUGAAUCUAAUCGUAUCGUGGCAGACUUUGAAGUAUCUGCAAAUAUUGGAUCGUAGGCCAAGAGAAUCGAUUCAAGAUCCUAUCAUGAUGAAACGUCCGAUUCACACCCCUCUUUUAUUUAUACAGCUCUGGAAAAAUUAAGAGACCACUACAAAAUUAUCAGUUUCUCUGGAUGUACUAUUUAUAGGUAUGUGCUUGAACAAAAUGAAAAUAUUUAUUUUAUUCUAUAAAGUACUGACAACAUUUCUCCCAAAUUCCAAAUAAAAAUAUUGUAAAGGAGAGCAUUUAUUUGCAGAAAAUGACAAUUGGUCAAAAUAACAAAAAAAGAUGCAGUGUAACUCGAAUAAUGCAAAGAAAUCAAGUUCAUAUUCAUUUUUAAACAAAAAACUAAUGUUUUAACUUAGGAAGAGUUCAGAAAUCAAUAUUUGGUGGAAUAACCCUGAUUUUCAAUCACAGCUUUUAUGCAUCUUGGCAUGCUCUCUACCAAUAUUUCACAUUGCUGUUGGGUGACUUUAUGCCACUCCUGGUGCAAAAAUUCAAGCAGCUCAGCUUUGUUUGAUGGCUUGUGGCCAUCCAUCUUCCUCUUGAUCACAUUCCAGUGGUUUUCAAUGGGGUUCAGGUCUGGAGAUUGGGCUGGCCAUGACAGGGUUUUGAUCCAGUGGUCCUACAUCCACACCUUGAUUGACCUGGAUGUGUGGCAUGGAGCAUUGUCCUGCUGGAAAAAACAAUCCUCAGAGUUGGGGAACAUUGUCAGAGCAUAAGGAAGCAAGUUUUCUUCCAGGAUAACCUUGUACGUGGCUUGAUUCAUGCAUCCUUCACAAAGACGAAUCUGCCCAAUUCCAGCCUUGCUGCAGCACCCUCAGAUCAUCACCGAUCUUCCACCAGAUUUCACAGUGGGUGCGAGACACUGUGGCUUGAAGGCCUCACCAGGUCCGUCUAACCAUUAGAUGACCAGGUGGAGGAUCUAAGUCCACAUUAAGAUGCCGUUUUUGUCAGCGAAAACAAAGCUUUUUGAAAAAGUGGAUAAAUUUGAAAACGCCGUCUUCGCGUUGUAGUGUGGACUGGGAAAAUGGAUAUAUCUGAAAACGAUUAUGUAUUUGUAGUCAUGUGACACAGUCAUGUGAUCCAUUCAAACAAAACAAUCAAGAUGGCAGCCCGUGUUACAGCGGCGCUGUUUUGCCUGAUAUUCACUUUGAUAGCAUUGUUAAAGAUAAAUGCUACUUUGUACAAUCUUCACAUUACAUUCCUUCAAAUAUGAUGGGAAGUGUACUCUGAGUUGGUGUCCGACGACGGAACACGAGGACAAUUACGCUUCAGACCGUACUGCAACAGCGACUUUUCGCAUGCACAACAUCAUGGAAGUGAAAGAAGAAAGUCAAGAACUGAAUGAAGUGGAGGAGAAACAUCAGUAUCAGAAAUCUUCUAACUUCAUACAAGAAGAAGAAUCUUCUAGUUGCUCACAGACGGCGAAGAAUUCCUCACAAAGGAGAACUAGAAGAACAGAAGCCCAAAACUCUGUCACCUGUCCUCAGUGUGGAAAGAGUUUAGCACUUAAAAACCUUAAGAAACACAUGGGAAUUCACACUGGAGAGAAACCGUUCACCUGUCUUCAGUGUGGAAGGAGUUUCAGAUCAAAAGAACAGCUGAAAAGUCACAUGAGAAUUCACACUGGAGAAAAGCCAUACACAUGCCCUCAGUGUGGAAAGAGUUGUUUGCAUAAAUCAAAUCUUAAAAGUCACAUAAGAAUUCACACUGGAGAGAAGCCUUUUACAUGCUCUCAGUGUGGAUGGCGUUUCAGACUAAAAGAACAUCUGAAUAGUCACAUGAACGUUCACACUGGAGUGAAGUCUAAUACAUGUCAUCAAUGUGGAAAAAUUUUCACACGUGCACAGUCUCUGAAAAAUCAUCUACGCGGGCACACUGAUGAAAGGCCAUUUAACUGUGAUCAGUGUGGUAAAAGAUUUAUAUUGCAGUCACGGCUAACAGCACACCUACGAAUUCAUGCAAAUGAAAAGCCUUACUCAUGUUCAUUUUGUGGAAAGAGUUUUUUACAGCUGAGCUCUUGGAAAGAUCACGAGAAAAUACAUACUGGUGUAAAAGAUCAUGUGUGCUCUUAUUGUGGGAAGGGCUUCAUUACAGCCAGCCAUUUGAAAAGGCACCUGAGAAUUCAUACUGGAGAGAAACCUUACAAGUGCUCAUAUUGUGACAAGAGAUUCACUCUGUCAGGAGACAUGAAAUCACAUGAGAGAAUUCAUACUGGAGAGAAACCUUACAAGUGCUCACAUUGUGAUCAGAGUUUCACUUAUUUAGUGCAACGGAAAGCACAUGAGAGGAUUCAUACUGGAGAGAAACCAUCCCACAAGCCCUCGAAGUUUCACCCGAUCAAGGAGUCUUCGCGCUAGCUGUAAAAGUGAGCAAAGUUGAUCUUCGGGUUCAAUGCUUUCCAGUAAAUGGCAUAAGAUUAAAGGCAUAAUUCAGCCGAAAAUAAUUUACUCACCCUCAUGUCAUUCCCAGUGACUUUUCUUCUGCAGAGCACAAAAGGAAAUAAUUUAAUAAAUGUCCUGUCGCCUGACUUCAAUACAAUGGCAGUACAUAUGUAGAAACUCACUUCAAUGUUGUGUCGCCUGAAAAAAUGAAGUUUGAUGUUAUCAACAGAGCUGUCGUUAGAUUUCUGUGCUGUUAUGGACAUUAUAAAUGAUUUGAUUUAAAGGGAGAGUUCACCCAAAAAUGAAAAUUCUCUCAUCAUUUACUCACACUCAUGCCAUCCCAGAUGUGUAUGAUGGUCUUUCCUCUGCAGAACACAAAUGAAGAUUUUAAGAAGAAUAUCUCAACUCUGUAGGUCUAUACAAUGCAAGUGAAUGGUGGCCAGAACUUUAACCUUGUGUGAUCCUGUGUCCUUCUGCAUGGACAUUGUGUUUUAAUUUUUCAAGAGCAUGAAAAAAACAGUCUGAAUUGAAAAUAACAUUAUUAGUCACAUUUAGAACCAUAAAUAGAAUUCUGUCAUUACACAUCUGUUAGUGUACUGUUCGAUAUUUUAAUUGGACUUGGACUAAAUGGAUUUUUGUUAGCAGAUGUGGACAUACAUGGUUUUCUUAUCAUGGGUUCCAGUGGCGCGUGUUCAGUUACAGACUCAAGUCUAACUGUUCAUGUUCCCAGAACUCAGUUGGUAGGUUAUCGAUUGCUAGAGAAUUUCAUUUUGGAUAUAAUCUUUUUAGCGUUUUCCGGGUCCAAUGCAUAAAUUGCCUGUCAAAGAUGGAAAUGUAUGGCUGGUAUAGUCUACUUUUUAAAGCCACCUGACAUUGUGUGUGCAUGAAUGGCUUUGGUUGUCAGGGAAAUAACAGAGCCAGUGCGAUGUAGACAAUCUCUUCACUACACUUCGGCUGGACAGCUGAGGUAAAUUAGUUGGCACUCUUUAAAACAUAAUGGUGGGACAUACGCAGUUUUGACGGAAACUUCUCAAGGCCAAUGGAGGUACUUGUUAAACAAAUAGCCUGAUUAAACAUCUUUUCAUUUAUCAUUUUGAUUCACAAUUCAAACAGUAGGAAGAGGUCAUUCGGCACAUUCCAUUUAUGGUAAUAAAGUCAAAAUUACCAAAAGUGGAGAUAUGAUUUUUUUCAUCGGACAGUGACAAUAUGCUAUCUAUAAUUUAAUUUAAACUGACUGAUCUCAUUUCAGAAGACUCUGGGCUGUCAGUAAAGGGUUAAACUUUUGAUACACAAGAGUCAUGUGACAAAACAACAUGGAUAUUCUUCUAAAAAAAAAUCAUAAUUUGUGUUCUGCAGAAGAAAGUCAUACACAUCUGGGAUGGCAUGAGGGUGAGUAAAUGAUGAGAGUGCACCAUUUUUGGGUGAACUAUCCCUUUAAAAGUGAAUAAGGACUUAAAUUACAAACUGUUCAUCAUACAAGUGAUUACAUGCAGUCAGAAGACUUGCUAUAUGAUGCACAAGCUUCUCACAAAAGGGUUUUAUAAUCUAAAAUAUGAAUUCUCUAAAAUUACCUCUAGUUGUGAAAUUUCUCCUUGUUCAUCAAAGGAAAUUUAAGAAUGGCAAUAGUAUAAUUAGUUCAUAAAAAUGUUGCUAUUGAAUUUUAUAGGAUGUUUUUCUUUCAUAAUGGGAAGUGGCAUGGUUUAAGUUAAUUUUAUUAGUUUUAUAGUAUUUGGCAACAUCGCUGACAACAUCAGUUUGUUAUUUCUCCAUCCAUGUCUUUAACAACUUACAUUUACAUAUAUUCAUUUAGCAGACGCUUUUAUCCAAAGCGACUCACAAAUGAGGAGAACAACAGAAGCAAAUGAUCCUAAGGACGCAGUAGUAACACAAGUGCUGUAAUACAAGUUUCAAAUUGUUUAGAGAAGUACCCCUGGCAAGGAGGACAAGAGUUUUAUUUUAUUUUAUUUUUAUAUGUAUAAAAAAGAAGAGAGUGCACUAAAGGGGUUCGGUCAAGUUCUCACGGAAGUGUUGUGUCUUUAGAUGCUUUUUGAAGGAUGUUAGAGAAUCAGCUGCUCGGGUGGAGUUUGACAGGUCAUUCCACCAGCGAGGAACAGUUGAAGUGAAAGUCCUGAACAGUGGUUUUUUGCUUCUUUGAGAUGGCACUACGAGGCGCCUGUUACCCACAGAAUGCAAACUUCUGUAGGGGACGUAGACCUGAAGUAGGGAGUGAAGAUAGGGGAGUGCAGAGCCAGGGGUUGUUCUGUAACCAAGCGUCAAUGCCUUGAACUUAACACGAGCAACCAUUGGCAGCCAGUGUAGUUUGAUGAAUAGAGGCGUGACAUGCGCUCUUUUGGGCUCGUUGAAGACCAAUCGCGCUGCUGCAUUCUGGAUCAAUUGCAGAGGUUUGACUGUACAUGCAGAAAGGCCUGCCAGAAGACCAUUGCAGUAGUCCAGCCUGGAUAGCACAAACACCUGUGCGAGGAGUUGUGUGGCAUGCUCAGAUAGGAAGGGCCGUAUUUUCCUGCUGUUGUACAGAGCGAAUCUGCACGAUUGGGCUGUCUUUGCGAUGUGGUCCAUGAAGUUUAACUGAUCGUCGAACACAACCCCAAGAUUUCUGGCUGUCUUGGAUGGUGUGAUCGUUGACAUGUCUAGUUGAAUGGUGAAAUUGUACUGGACUGCUGGGCUCACUGGAAUCACAAGAAGUUCGGUUUUAGCGAGGUGGAGUUGGAGGUGGUGUUCUUUCAUUCAACAUGAGAUGUCUACCAGGCAGGCUGAGAUAUGUGCAGCUACUGUAGGAUCGUAAUGCUGGAAUGAGAGGUAGAUUUGUUUUAUCAGCGCAGCAAUGGUAGGAAAAACCAUGUGCCUGAAUGACAGAUCUCAGAGAUGACAUGUAUAUGGAGAAGAGGAGGGGCCCAAGUACUGAACCCUGAGGUACUCCAGUAGCUAGUUGGUGAGACUUAGACCACUCCCCUCCAAGACACCCUGAAGAACCUACCUGAGAUGUUGAAGUCACCAAGCACAACAAGUGGGCUACCAUCCUCAGGGAAGGAUGAUAGAAACACAUCCAGCUCCUCCAUGAAAUUUCCAUGUUGACCUGGAGGGCGAUUAUAUAACUACAAAAUGGAUUUUAACAGGAUGGGUAAUAGUAACUGCAUGUAGUUCAAAGGAGUUUUUGUCACACAGAGACGACAGGGGAGUACAUUUCCAUGCAUUGGAGAUAAGCAAACCUGUUCCCCCACCCCUCCCAGUGUGACAGGGGUGUGGGAGAAAGUGAAGUUAAUUUUGUAUUAAUAAUAGCUGUUGAAUGGCAUUGAGAAAUGAAAAGACCUGCUUGCAAUGACAUUAAGGGGGCUUUCACACUGGGCACGUUUGCUGUGGUCCGAUUCCGAGUGCGAUUGUUCCCGGUGCCCCCCGCAGCUUUGGUCUGGUUUCACACUCACUUGAUUCUAUCGAACCUCGGUCCAUUUGUGUUCAUUUUACGUCAUCACAAACACGCAUGGAGAACACAAUGUGACUCUUCAUACUUUUUGUUUUUUUGUUAUUUUGGUCCAUUAUGCACAGGAGAGUGAGCGACAACAGCGUAUGUGCACGCUUCAUGGUGUAACUCAUCAGAUGUCCAGGGGAAGGCGGCUUGCUGCUGCUCGCAAACGGCAUUUUUUGAGGAGACAGCUGAUUGCAAGGAAUUAAUUUGCAUCUUUGUUUACACGGCACGCUUACAUUUGUGUCCAAGGUGAAGUUAUCGCCACUGUCAUCUCCUAUUAUACCCUAUAUUUAUAACCUAUAAUAGUAUUUAUAUAUAGUAUUUAUAAGGUGUAUAGAUAGAUAGACAGAUGUCGUCAUCAGCUAAAACGCAUGCGCAGGUUACUUCCUGAACGAGUGCGCACCUGAGUCUGAGUUGCUUUCACAUUCACGUGAAUCGCGCUACAGUUCCAUUGCAACCGAACUCAGACCACCUACAGGUAGUCUCGGGUUCGGUGCCACGGUGCGCUCCCCGGUCCGCAUGACAGCUUUCACAUUACCAAUUUUUCAUGCGAACCGUGCUGUGUUUCGAACUAAACUGCCAGUGUGAAAGCACCCUAAGAUACAGAGUGCAGAAAUCUUAGAGUGGCUGAAUAUAUGUUUAUGGAAAAAUUUCAUUUUUGUCACACCAGUAUUUCUGCUAUGUAAUUUGUUUGCAUUAAUCAUUCAAGCUGCAUGUGUGCGUGUGCGAGUUCUUAUUUGAAUGUGGUGCAUUACUGUCAUUCACUUGCCUCAUUAGGCCACAGAUGCUGAUUGUACAUGAAAAUAUCAGAAAUAAAUAA